AUGAAAGUGUAUCCAGAUACUGAAUUAAAAAAUGAAUAUUCCGGUUCUAAAAAGAACCGGUCGCGUUCAGAUGUUAGUUGUAUAUCGCUGUUGGCUACAAGCCUUCGCCAUCAAACCACUGAAUUCUUCAACAAUUCAACACUACAUGGUGUUCGGUACAUUGCCGAAAAAGAUCGGCCCUUUUGUGAGAAAUUUAUGUGGUUCAGUUUCACAGCUGUGGGAGCAGUGACAACUUGUAUCAUAAUAGUAAGUUUAUGGGAGAAGUUUCAAACCAACCCAACUAUUACAGGUUUAGAUACGGAUUUUCACAAUUGGGACGUCCCAUUCCCAGCAGUAACUAUAUGUGACGUUAAUCCUGUCGAUGAAGAGCUGCUACAAAGUUACAUCGAAAGUGUUUGGGGGUCGGAACCUCCUGAGAAAGCUGAGGAAAUGCUGCGAUGGCUAGCUACACUCAGCUAUGAUUCUAUAGCAACAAGUCAGGCUAAUCAGUUUUUAGCAGAUCCUGCUUUAAGCGGGACAAAUGAAGAGGAUGCAUCCCAACCUGCUAAGGAUCUAAAAGAUGCGGUAUUUCAAAUAGUUCGACAUUGUGAUUCCAUCUAUUAUGAUUGCGAAUGGAAGGGAGAUUCAGAAGAAUGCUGUGACCUCUUGAUGCCAGUUUUUACUGAAAUGGGGUUUUGUUAUGCUUUUAAUUCUAAACACUCUGAAAAGUCGUGGCCAUGGCAAUCCCAGGCUGUUGAGCAGUUCGCUGAAGCUUUUAUCCACGAAACAGAUGCAAAGUGGUCUUUUAUGUUUAAUUCCGAUCGCAAAAAUACUACGUUCAAUAUAUUUAUUCAUUCUUCUGAAGAGAUGGCCGGUUUGGAACAAAGUGCUCAACACACCUGGGAUCGUCGCGUGGAUAAGGUGUCUUUCUCAGUAAAACACACUUACACAACUAAAGAUGCACGUCAAUUGUCAAUUCGCCAACGUCGCUGCAUAUUCGCAGACGAAGUGCGUUUAGAGACGUCUGACAUUUACACGUAUUCAGCGUGCAUGAGACAAUGCCGUAUGCAGAGGAGUCGAAAGUUUUGCAAAUGUGUGCCACACUUUUAUCCACCUUUAAAGGGCUACAAAAAAUGCACUCUUCGAGAACUGCGCUGUAUAGCAGAUCACGUGACGGAGAUAACUGAUGUGGCAAGUUGUCCCUGUGAACUGGGCUGCUCGCAUACCGUGUACGAAGUGGAAAAGCUUUCAGAUGUUGAUACAAUGCGAAGUGUCGAGAACGCUUUAUUGGAAACGGAGUUUGUCUCAUGGCCAAUGGUCCGUUACAAACGCGAAGUACUUUUCGGUUGGGUUGACUUACUAGUGUCAUUUGGAGGUAUCGCGGGAUUAUUUUUAGGAUUUUCCCUGCUGUCCGGUGUAGAGUUAUUGUACUAUUUUACACUGCGAGCCUGGUGCGCCGCAGUGCGUGAUGCGGAAACAUUGCAAGAAGAACGUGCUGAAAGAUUAGCCAAGCCUAAACCUCCUCACGACCUCAGUCUUGUGCCUUGGUGGAGGCAGCCUCCAGUGCCUCGGAGCGCUCGCCCAAUAGUAGUGCGCUCCAAGAACGCAUCGCCGCCAGAGUACGUGCCACCGCCUGCAUAUACUACCUAUCUACCUUAA